AUGGGAAACCACAUACUCAUUGCGGCGAUUUCUGCGUCCCUGGUCACUCACGUCAGUGGCCAGGUGACGUCAGCGCAUUCCGAUGGAUUGAUUUCCGGCCCGUUUCCAGGGGUCGAAGGGGAGGCGCCUGUUACAGUAACUGCCAGCAGUGUCAUUGAUGAAAUAGAAAAAAAGAUCCCCGAGAUAAACUUCGAUUUGUUCACAACGGGCGCUCAACUACAGGCAAAUUCGAUAGUGUUCGAUCGGAAGGAAGCGGGACCGGUGAAACUAUCUGUCGACAACGACGAUCUGUUCCUCUCUGGUUCCCACGCCAGUCUUAUGAGUGCUGAUGCAGCCACGGAUACUCUGAAUUUCGGAAGCCACACCAUUAUCAAUGACGGCCUGGCUGUAGACGGCCCAAUCACUUCGAACGACCUAACGGAAUGGUGGCUGUGGAGUCUCAAUACUUUCGACACCUACGCUCUAGAGGGCUUCUGGACACCUCAGGAGUUCAGCACUUGCGGAACGAAUGGCGAUCAUUUCCUCGGGGGGCACUGCAAGUUCGCGGCCAUGAAAGCAACUGGGACGUAUCUGAACCUGCCCCGACACUCCAACGUGAAAAUCCGUGCUCGUGUCCACUUCUUCGACCAGUGGACCGGGCAAAGCGUGUACAUGAAGCUUAGAAACACCAUUGUGUGGACAGGUACUAAGGCUAAUCCCCGUGAUUGCCGACGAUUUACCGCCCCACUUUCUUCUCAGGACUGCGCCAACCGAGGUGUCGACGUCUGUGGCCAUUCUUAUCCAGACACUCUUUCUAAGUCUCUAGAAGUAGCUGUGCCACAUUCUGCUCCAUUUCUGGCAAUCACCUUCGGAAGCACGUUUGCAGAUGGCGCAGACCCGUGCACCGCGUCAUGGGGAGUUGAUGACAUUGCCAUCUACCUUCAGUAA